AUGAAUCAGGAAGCAAUUGACCCUGCGAUAGCCGCUGCGGCAGCUCUGUGCCUCCAGGAAAUGGAUGACCGUGCCGAAAAGCUAUCCUGCGUCGACAAAACAGCCUACCAUCCACAACCGCAUCAUCAUGCUGCCUGUCUGGUCCUAGAAGACUGUAAUUGUGGCCACGGAGAUCAACAGGGCGUGGUGGUACCCUCGAAUGCACCUGCAACAUCUUUGUCCACAUCCGAAAUGAAGAAUGCAUCAGCCAAAGUAACGAUGCCUCUGGCGGUCGGAUCUGUGUCCUCCUGCGUUGGUGUUCCCGCAGGUCGCGGCUAUACCAAAAAUGAGAAGAACAAUUCUGUUGCCGACAUUUCCCUCAGUGAAAGUCAAGAUAACUCUAUUCAGCCAGUGAUUUUGUCGAGGCAGGACUGUAUCAACCUUUCUAGCUUGCCCGGAGCUUAUCCUGUGAUUGGCAUCAGCAGUCCUCGGCCAGAACUGGAAGAAGAGACGUCCAGCUCUCCAGGGGAAGAUGAUUUCUCGGUAGUACAUUCUGUAACUGGCACUGAGAGACAGUUGACUUCAGUGGAAGGUCAACAAUCAUUGCCCAGUGCCGAGUUGGUGGAUAUAGAGAGUGCUCCUGAACAAAUGCAGCAAGCUGUACCGGCCCCAAAUAAUGGUCAACUAUGCGCGGCGCGAGGCAACUCUAGAAAGGAACCAAACAGACCUAGGAUGCUAGUGAUUGCUGCAGCAAUUCUUGUCUUGGUAGUUGUUGCUGUGGCUGGGACCACAGUGGUAGCUGUGGAGAAGCAGGAUUGCAGUGGGCAGGAUGAUGAAACUGCCAUCUCAUCCCAAAACGCUUCAGGAGGCACUGAUGAGAGCCAAGAGCUCCAAACUACGAUUGAUCAGUACAUCCUGACGCUUCUCCCCAGUGAUACAAUAGGCCAGAUUGUUGCAGUGGAUGCUCCCGAUCAGCAAGCGUCUCUCGAUGGCACCACACCACAAGCACAAGCCUAUCAGUGGCUCUUGCAGGACCCUUUUGUCGAGGCAUAUUCUGAUCAACGAUUAAUUCAGCGCUUCGCACUGGCCGUAUUCUAUUUUGCCACAGAGGGAUCCCAAUGGUUGGAGAGCACUCAUUGGCUAUCCCACUACCAUCAUGAGUGUCAGUGGCACUUUCACGACAUUAUCGAUGAAAAGCGCUUUGACGUUGCCCAAUACGUAGAUCUUCCUGACCCCCGUGUUCCCUGCCCAGUUGAUGGCAAUGGCAAUUCCAGUGAAAACCGCACAUUUGAAAUCUUGGAAGAGGUAGUGUUCCGGCAUCUGUGGCUCCACACCAAUAACUUGCGUGGAACCCUUCCUAGAGAGUUGUACCUGCUGACCAACCUACACAGCGUGGCUGCCUAUUCCAAUCGUCUGGAGGGGACUCUGGCCACAGAGAUUGGUUACAUGACCCAGCUUGAAUUUUUGAGUCUGAAUAUGAAUGCUCUUUCAGGGACACUUCCUACUGAAUUGGGAUUGCUUUCUAGCCUCAAAGGUCUAUUUGUUUUUUCGAAUCCCAGACUCAAGGGAUCAAUCCCAUCUGAACUUGGUUUGCUGCACAAUAUUAGGUUUGUGAUGCUCUGGUACUGUGGAUUGUCUGGAACCGUCCCUGCUGCGCUAGGACAAGCCACAUCACUUGUUGAGCUAUAUUUGGGACACAAUCGACUAACAGGAACUGUUGCCACAGAGCUUGGUCAACUUGAUGCUCUGAAACGUUUGGCGCUGAUCAAUAACAGGCUCACUGGGACAGUCCCUACAGAGUUGGGUAGGCUGUCAAACACGUUCACGCUGCAUCUGAAUAGAAACUCAUUGUCUGGCACAAUUCCCUCCGAGUUGGGGAUGCUAUCAGACAUGUAUGGUUUAAAUUUGGAUAGAAAUAUGCUGACCGGCUCAAUCCCAAAAGAAUUGGGUUUGUUGAACCACCAGGACGGAAACCCCUUUAAGGUUCUGAAUCUUACUCAGAAUAUGCUAUCAGGGACAGUUCCAGAAGUCCUCUGCACUGAUAUGGAAUCAAUGCAGUUUGACUGCAUGGAGCAGCUUUGUGGAUGUGAAUGCCUUUGCUAA